CUGUUUUCAUUCUGCUAGCUAAUCAAAAUAAAUUUACGUAGUCGUGAGUUUGCACAGGAAUAGAAAAAGAAGUUAAAUGUAAAUAUUCGAGCAAGAAAAGCAUAUUUUUCCAUUAAUUUUUCCUGAAAUUUGUCGAGCUUCGGCUGAAUUUGUACUGCCAGUCCAGCACAUUGUCGGGAAAACAUGGGCAACGCGGGCAGUAAUCUUCCCCGUGAGCGCCAUAAGUCAGGUUCGCACGAUCCAAUUCCGGGGUCUCCGCUCAAGGACGGGCAGGCUUUUGUGUUCGACAAAAAGCCGGAUCCGAACCAUCGGUUGGUUUUUCAGCGAAGCGAGGAAGAGGCCGAACCUUAUUAUUCAAAAUCGGUUCCUGAGCCGGAGUUUCUGCGGGAGCAUCGCAAGCGUUCCAAUACUGUAUCGGAUGAUUCGGCACUGCAGUCGGAAGAUGACGGGAAAGAUGACCAAAAGGCGGCUUUGCCGACCGUUUUCAAGUGGGAAGGUGGAGGUAAGCAGGUUUACAUCAGUGGAACGUUCUCUGAGUGGAAAGCUCUGCCGAUGGUUAAGAGUCAUGGAGAUUUUGUGACGAUCAUCGAUCUUCCGGAAGGCGACCAUCAGUACAAGUUUUGCGUCGAUGGCGAGUGGAAACAUGAUCCUCGACUGAAAAAUAUUGAAAACGAUGUAGGCACCAAAAACAACUUGGUAUCCGUUCGGCAGUCCGAUUUUGAAGUGUUCCAAGCACUUGCCAAGGACAGCGAAGAUACUGGUAAGGACGAAACCAAAGAGUACAGCCAAGAUAUACCGACAAGCAAGCCGUGGGGAAAGGAGUCGGGACCACCGGUGCUUCCGCCGCAUCUUCUGCAGGUUAUCCUCAACAAGGAUACACCGUUAUCGUGUGAGCCAACCCUGCUACCGGAACCAAAUCAUGUUAUGCUGAACCACUUGUACGCGCUAUCAAUUAAGGAUGGGGUGAUGGUCUUGAGUGCAACCCAUCGCUACCGCAAGAAGUACGUUACCACACUGUUGUACAAACCUAUCUAACGAGUGUCAAGAUUGUAAUAUUUUAACUCUCAAGCUACUUGUUCUGCCCCAAACAUUUUUGGGGUACGGUUUUUAUCCUGUUGUAUCUUUUGUGCGCGUUUUCAUGUCGCUUUACUAAAUGAUUCGGUUUGGCUUAUUUUAAACCGACCGUAUGUAUGUAUGUAUCGUAUUGAAGUAGAGUGUAGGUACAGUUUUACAAUGAAUCAGAUUAUUUGUUGUAAAUUGAAUAAAGCAAGUCAGAGUCGAGUGACGAAAAUAGCUCUGAUUCGGAUGCAAUUCGAAACCGCAUGGGACUCAUGUUAGUUAUAACUACAAAUUUGAGAUAGUUUGAAUAAAAUGUUUUUCCUUCA